UUACCGUAUUUCGAUAUGGAUUUAUUGUUGAGAGUUGACGAAAAACCCAGACGGGAUCGGGAACCCUGAAAUUAUAUGAAAAACCCUGGGCCGUUAGACUUCCCUUUAUAAUAAUUUGGCCUCGUUCGCACCUCCAAUUCGUUCCCCCACCCCACCCCAGUUCGUAGUCACUGGUCCAGGCCCUUUCCAGUCCCUCUCCAGGACAAUCGCUGUUCUGUUGUUCUUCUAAAGCGGGGCUAAGAACAUAAAACAUGAAUGGGCAAAGCAGUGUUUUGCGUUUCUUGGUAGGUUCCAACCCACUAAGCCUGAUAAGACUCAAACCGUCUGUACAGGUUCGUCAGUUUUCUGUGUGUAGCCGUUUGAAUAAAGCCUUCAACUUUCCAACAAGUCCAAAUGACAUGCCUCGUUCGGGUGGAAUCGCGUCUAUGAUGAGACUUCCAGUUCAGAGUACUGCCGAGGGAUUAGAUGCUUGUUUUGUGGGAAUUCCAUUGGACUCGGGAGCGUCAAACCGAUCUGGAACGCGCCUUGGUCCAAGACAAAUAAGAGCAGAAUCUUGUAUGCUCCGCCCAUAUAAUAACGCCACAGGAGCAGCACCAUUUGAGUCUCUGAUGAUCGCUGAUAUUGGUGACAUUCCCAUCAACACCUACAAUCUGGCAGCCACUGUUGAUAUCAUACAUAAUCAUAUUGCAACAGUUGCUGGUCAUGGCUGCAAGCCUCUGAUUUUAGGUGGUGAUCAUACCAUCACUUAUCCAAUCCUUCAGGGAAUCAAGGAUCAAUAUGGUCCAGUCGGCCUUGUUCAUGUGGAUGCACAUUCAGACACAAGUGAUUCCAUGUUUGGUGAGAAAGUGACCCAUGGGACACCAUUCCGUCGAGCAGUGGAAGAGGGAUUGUUGGAUUGCAAACGAGUCGUACAGAUUGGUUUACGAGGAACUGGUUAUACUGGAAAGGACUAUAAAUGGGCAGAAGAGCAGGGCUUUAGACUGGUUCUUGCUCAGGAUUGUUGGCAUAAAUCUCUGGUGCCUUUGAUGGAAGAAGUUCGGCAGCAAAUGGGGAGUGGCCCAGUGUAUAUAUCUUUUGAUAUUGAUGGGUUAGAUCCAGCAUUUGCUCCAGGAACUGGAACCCCUGAGAUUGGAGGUCUGACAUCUAUACAAGGAAUUGAGAUUCUGAGAGGAUGCCGUGGAUUGAACGUUGUUGGGGGAGACAUGGUUGAGGUCUCCCCACCAUAUGACACCACAGGAACCACUGCUCUAACUGCUGCAAAUCUUUUAUUUGAAAUGCUGUCAGUGUUACCUGGGGUUAUCUACAAGGAUUAGGUGCAAAGAGUAGGAUACAAGCCUUGUAGGACAUUUAGAUCAGAGCAUAUAAGUUUAUUAUUAAUAAUGUAUGUAUUUAUGACUGGAGUUUUGAAAACGGUGUCAAGGAAAAGUUUGUUCCUUUGCAUCAAGUAAGCAACAUAGUUUGAUUUUACGACUCUUAAAGGCCUGAAAAUCACUCCAAGCGAUAAACAUAAGGAAGAAGAAUACAAAAAGGAAGAUAAAUUAAUUAAGAAAAUACGUGGAGGAUAAAAGACUGACAUUCCUUUGAAUUGUCUUAUCGUCUACGUCGGAUAAACGCUUGGCCAGUACGGUGAAAUUUUCAAUCAUUAGCGUCGUUUUCAUAAAUCCAGACAUAUUUUAACCAGCUACAUAGUAGUCUUAGUAGAGGUUAUAUUUUUAAUGAUGUAACAUUAAGAGUAUAUAGCCUACGUAGCGGGCGUUCAAACGAGUAAGAGCAGGG